AUGUCAAGUGCCAUACCCGAUCAGGCAACACCAAAUGAUAAUGGUGGAUCAGAGCAAGAAGUCAAUGAUGAUGGUGCACCUCCAGUUCAAGAACCAAGAAGAUAUUACUCUCAACACUCUAGCUACAGGCUGUCAAAGGACUCUGAUCAUGUUAGGGGCAAUCUUUUGGAUGAGGAUGGUGGAGAGCCAUUUGGGGAUGCUCCACACUACGAUCCGCUUUGUGAUCACAAGCAGUUUCAAUUUAUUCCAAGGUUAAAGUUUGGAAGUCCAGAAUAG